GGAUUGGUCAUUUCUAGAGCAAUGAUGAUGAAAAUUAUGGAAUUUCAAUUGUUUUCAAUAUGACCAAUACCAUAGACGUAUAUUGGCUGUAAUUUGCCAGUUUGAGGGCAACAAUGUGUCCACUCUGCCUGUGAUGAUUAUUAUAAAGAGGACCAGGAGCUUGUACCCUCCUCUCAUUAUUCAAUUCAGAUAACAGUGACAGACGUUACAAUGGGAUCCAUGGGAACUGAAUCGGAGAUAAUCUCUCCAGCCAUCUUCUACUGGGGCACGCCCGUUGUCCUGAUCGCCACCGAAAACGAAGACGGCACAUUCAACAUCGCACCCAUGUCUUCAGCAUGGUGGCUCGGAAACCGCUGUCUCCUGGGCCUUGGGGCAAUAUCACAGACAACCCUCAACCUACGUCGAACCAAACAAUGUGUCCUCAACCUUGUCUCCGAUGACAUGGUAAACGCCGUCAAUUCCCUCGCCAAAACAACUGGUACCAAGGCCGUUGCAACAGCCUCUCCAGAGGAGGGAUAUCUCCACUUCAAACGCAAAAACGGAUACAAAUACGUCCACAACAAGUUCAAACACGCCGGUUUAUCCCCCCUGCCAUGUGACUUGAUCCGACCUGCUCGUGUAGCAGAAUGCCCAGUCCAGAUGGAGGCUGAGCUAAAAGCCGUCCACGAAAUGAUGCAGGACGUCGAUGGAAAGCCUUUGCUAGCACUAGAGGUCAAGGUUCUGCGAACGCAUAUUCAUGGCAAUAUUCGAAUGCAGGGACACGCCAAUCGAAUUGAUCCGGACAAGUGGCGGCCGUUGAUUAUGAGCUUUCAGGAGUUUUAUGCGCUGGGCCCGCGGAAGAUUGAGCAUUCGGUUCUUGCGGAAAUUCAGGAGGAGGCGUAUAGGUCUAUGUCUAAUCCUGUUGAUGAAGACGGCGACGAUAGAGGUGAAGAUACGAGGUGAAGGACUCUGUCGGC